UUCAAGACCCCUCAAUGUCCACUUGCACGACCACAAACCCCUCCAGUGGCUUUUCCCUUAAUUAUGAUGCUCCCUUCACUUUUGUUGAUGGCGAUAUCUUCGUUCUUCUUGAUUGCUCGACAAAUUCAACCAAUAUGUGUGAUAACAGCAACGCACCUCUAUGCAGUCUUUUAUAUACUUGUCCUGCUAUUACUCAGCUGAGUAUGCCUUUAUCUAGUUGUUGUAUUUAUAGUCCUGCUAGCCUUGGACCAGCAUUUGAGAUGGACUUGAAGAAGUUAGAGUGUAAUUCAUAUUCGGGGAUUUAUAGCUUUGGGGGUGCUGAAACUAAUCCUUCAGGUUGGAAGUUUGGUAUUGCUGUGAAGUACAGGUUUAGUGUUGAUGAUGGAUAUCCUAGUGCUUGUGCUGAUUGUGAGAGGAGCAAUGGGGUUUGUGGGUACUCUGAAGAAUCCAAUUCGUUUGCUUGUAAUUGCGUUAAUGGGAUGAACACGACGACGAAUUGUUACUAUGCUACGUGGAAUGAUGGGACUAGCAUUCAGAAAUUUUCGCGUGGGUGUUGGUUGAUUUCUUUGUGGUGGGGGUUUGUGAGUUGGAUGUUGUUGUAGCAUAUAUGCAUGUUGAAGAAUUGAAGUUCAAGCCUACUGUUCACCUGUAGCUGAAGAUUAGAAAUUUUGUUUUACUGAGGGUUAUAAUUCGUGUACUGCACCUAAUGAUUUGUGUAUAUCUAGAAUUUGGAGUAUCAGAAAGAUGUAAUUAACAGUGGUCAUGGAAUAAAGUUAACACGUGUUCUCUAUGAUAAGGUGUAGAAUAUGUUACUUGCUUACUGAUGAUUACUUGUAUAAAUUGGUAUCUGAUGUGGUAGGCUGGGGAACAUGUUCUUGUUAUCUUAGAGAAGAAGCUACUGUAAAGAAACAAAAUAUUCUAAAG